AAGAUAAGGGAAGGAUAAAGCAAGCAAACAAACUGCUUCCAGCUCCAAUCUGGAGAACAAUCAAUCCAUCUCAUAUGAUGAUAAACAAUAAACAAGUAGAUAUGUCUCUCCUUCUUCACCAUCAUCCAUGUUGUAAGUCAUUUCCCCCCUUCAUAACCACCCUCACUAACAGCUUAACCACCUCAACCCCUAAUUUACCAAAACCCUUAAAAAGUUUACAUUUUUCCACAAAAUACUCCAUCUUUAGAAACACCCAUGUCUUAAAUUGCUCCAACAAUGAACUAAUUGACGAAUUCACAAACACCCAUCAACCCAAAAAUCAAGAAAAUGAACUUGGAUUGUUAGGUAAACCAUCACCAAUGCCUGUUAGUGUACCCCCACCAACCGAAAUCGAAUACAAUAAGCCUGACAAAGAUGAGGCUUUGGAGCCCUUUUAUAAGUUCUUUAGAGAUGGGAAAGAAACCAGUGAUUCAGAAGAUGUAAUUGAGGAUGUUUUGGUAGAUGAACAACAGGAUAAUAAGAUGGUUUCCGUAGAGUAUUAUGACCCGCAACCGGGUGAUUUUGUUGUCGGUGUCGUGGUUUCCGGAAAUGAGUAUAAGCUUGAUGUUAAUAUCGGUGCAGAUUUGUUAGCAACUAUGUUAACUAAAGAGGUGCUUCCGUUGUAUGAUAAAGAAUUGAACUCUUUGUUGUGUGAUUUUGAGAGUAAUGGUGAAGAGUUUAUGGUGAAUGGUAAGAUGGGAAUUGUGCAAAAUGAAGCGGCUUUAAGUGGUGGGCCGAUGGUGGGGCAGCCGGUUGUGGAGCAUGGGACGGUUUUGUUUGCGGAAGUUUUGGGUAGAACUCUUAGCGGUAGACCGUUGAUUUCCACCCGUCGGUUAUUUCGCAAAUUGGCUUGGCAUCGAGUGAGGCAGAUUAAGCAAUUUAAUGAACCUAUAGAGGUCAAGAUUACAGAGUGGAAUACCGGUGGUCUUCUUACAAGAAUCGAGGGAUUACGUGCUUUUCUUCCUAAAGUUGAACUCGUCAAUCGUGUUAAUAACUUCACCGAGUUGAAAGAAAAUGUGGGACGUCGCAUGUAUGUUCAAAUUACUCGAAUAUCUGAGGAAACAAAUGACUUGAUUAUUAGUCAAAAGGAAGCUUGGAAUACAAUACACCUCAAAGAGGGAACACUUUUGGAAGGAACAGUGAGGAAAAUCUUCCCUUAUGGUGCUCAAAUAAGGAUCGGUGACAGUAACCGAAGUGGAUUAUUGCAUAUCUCUAAUAUCACUCGAGGAGAAAUUGAUUCAGUCAGCGAUGCUCUAGCACUUGAUGAAAAAGUCAAAGUUUUGGUCGUGAAAUCGAUGUUCCCUGACAAAAUCUCCCUCAGUACUGCAGAGCUUGAGAGUGAACCUGGCCUGUUCCUGUCAAACAAGGAGAAAGUAUAUUCAGAAGCUGCAGAAAUGGCAAAGAAGUACAGGCAAAAGAUUCCACCUGUUUCAACUACUACUCGAAAGGCAGGACACCUUCCAUUGGACACCCUGCCCUUCAAUGACGAAGAAAAUAUGUAUGCAAAUUGGAAAUGGUUCAAAUUUGAAUGAGUAAACGGAUCAGAAUGACCAUUUUAUCCUUUUACUACGACGCACAAAGAAAAACCGAGUAUUUCAACAGGUUAUGGUAUCUAUUUGUAUGUUGUUUGUAUAUGUCAGAUUCCAUUCAAAACAAGAAUUAGAGGCUGUGUUAUUUUGUAGUGUUCCGGGAGCAUGACAAUGUAGUUAGAGACGCAGAUUUUUAUAAAUCAUUGGUAUCAACCAUAAAUUCUUAAUUUGACCGACUCAA